AUGUUAUUUGUACAAGCUUGGAUAUACGAGCACUUCCCUACAUUGGGAAGGAAGCAAGUACGGGAUACAUAUGUGGAGACCGAACCCCGUGCUCUACAUUAUGUCACUGGACGCGCCAUUUCCGCUAUUGCUGAUGUUAGAGUCCAGUUGGAUGGCUUGACAUAUGAUGGGAUGAUUUGGAACCCAUAUGUAGCACAUAGAGUUGUUCGACAACUUGUAACACAUGGCAUGUUUUCUGGCUUCCUGAGGGUUGGUACCCUCCUACACCGUCAUCUGUCGGAGCGUGUGUUGCGACAAUUUGGCUUCAUCCAGCCUAUUCCACGACCGCCUAGUUCGGUUCCCAUGAUGGACUUUGAGGCUAUUGAUGAUCGGUGGAAAACGCACAAGCAAUGGAUAUUUGCAGUGGUUUAG